CCUCGCGCCUUUCCCUCCGAAACCGCGCGGAGCCGAGCGCUCCUCAUGCUCGACGCGGCCGGUGGCCGGACGCCGUCCACGCACCCGGCGCUGCGCCACUGCGUCGCGCUCCUCCGCCUCCACCUCGCCUCCCCGUCCCUCGCCGCCGCCAAGCAGCUCCACGCGCGCGCCCUCCGCGCGGGCGUGCCGCCCUCCCACCCGCUCCUCGCCAAGCACCUCCUCUUCCACCUCGCCGCCCUCCGCCCCCCUCCCCUCCGCUACGCCGUCGCCGUCCUCACCCGCAUCCUGCCGGACCCGGACCCGUUCUCCCUAAACACCGUCCUCCGCAUCGCCGCGUCCUCGCCCCGCCCGCGCGUGGCCCUCGCGCUCCACGCCCGCCGCCUCGCGCCGCCCGACACGCACACCUACCCGCCGCUGAUCCAGGCGUGCGCCCGCCUCCUGUCUCUCCGCGACGGCGAGCGCAUCCACGCCGAGGCCGCCAAGAACGGCUUCGCCACGCUCGUCUUCGUCAAGAACUCGCUCGUCCACCUCUACGGCGCGUGCGGCCUGUUCGAGAGCGCGCACAGGGUGUUCGAUGAAAUACCCGUGCGCGAGCGAAACCUCGUCUCCUGGAACUCGAUGCUCAACGGGUUCGCGGCCAACGGCCGCCCCAACGAGGUGCUCACUGUAUUCCGGGAGAUGAUGGACGUUGACUUCGCGCCAGAUGGAUUCACUAUGGUGAGUGUACUGACAGCGUGUGCCGAGAUUGGCGCGCUUGCUCUUGGGCGGAGGGUGCACAUGUAUCUUGCAAAGGUUGGGUUGGUGGGUAACUCGCAUGUUGGCAACGCCCUGAUUGAUCUGUACGCCAAAUGCGGCAGUGUUGAUGAUGCACGGAAGGUUUUUGAGGAGAUGGGGACGGGCAGAACUGUUGUCUCGUGGACCUCAUUGAUUGUGGGCUUGGCCGUGAAUGGUUUUGGGAAGGAGGCGCUGGAACUGUUUGGUGCGAUGGAGAGGGAGAAGCUUGUGCCCACUGAAAUAACAAUGGUAGGAGUGCUGUACGCUUGCAGCCACUGUGGGCUGGUUGAUGAUGGGUUUAUGUAUUUUGAUAGGAUGAAAGAGGAGUAUGGCAUCACACCAAGGAUUGAGCAUUUGGGAUGCAUGGUGGAUCUGUUGGGGAGGGCUGGUAAAGUCGAGAAAGCUUAUGAUUAUAUUGGCACCAUGCCAUUGGAGCCCAACGCUGUCGUGUGGAGGACCUUACUGGGUGCUUGUGCAAUGCACAAGAAAUUGGAACUUGGGGAGGCUGCUUGGGCAAGGCUGGUUGAGCUUGAUCCAGGGCAUAGUGGAGAUUACGUUCUCCUCUCAAACCUUUAUGCUGCUGUUGGAAGAUGGGCGGAUGUUCAUGUGCUUAGGAAAACAAUGGUCAAGGAUGGGGUAAGGAAGAACCCUGGGCGCAGCCUUGUGGAGCUCCGCAACUCCGUGUAUGAAUUUGUUAUGGGUGAUAGGUCUCAUCCUGAGAGUGAACAGAUAUACAAAAUGCUUGCUCAGAUAGCUGAGCGACUCAGACAUGAAGGCUACAUCCCUCGCACAAGUAAUGUAUUGGCAGAUAUAGAGGAAGAAGAGAAGGAGACUGCCUUGAACUACCAUAGCGAGAGGUUGGCCAUUGCAUUUGCCUUGCUGAAGUCUCUCCCUAGUACUCCCAUCAGGAUAGUGAAGAAUUUAAGGGUAUGUAGGGACUGUCAUACGGUAAUUAAGCUAAUUUCAAAGAUUUAUGAUCGGGAAAUCAUUGUGCGGGAUCGCAGUAGGUUCCAUCAUUUUAAAGGUGGAUCAUGUUCUUGUAAAGAUUACUGGUAGUUGAUUACUAUACUGCAUGAAUUGACUGUCCUAUGAUCAGAAUAAGUUGCACUGGAUUCUGAUUGCACAAGCCAACAAGUUUUGUUCAAGUUCAGGAAUGGAAAAUGAUAUAUGGAUUCAGCCAACGCAUCCAGCUUUUGUUGCACUGGAGGGGGAGAAUUUUGAGGCAGCCUCAUAUAUUAUAGGUUGUAUUAUGAUCCCUGCCCUCAAGUUUUCAAACAAAAGAUGUUCCCUACCUUGUAAAAUGGUAAUAUGUUUUAUCCAUUUCACUGAACAAAUGUGGAAUCUGGCUGUUCUAAUCCUAUUAAGUUUGAUUCUUGUUCGAAA